AUGCCCAAGAUCGUUCCUGGCAGCGACGGCACGCCGCUCAACGUGCUCGAGUACGAGGAGUACGCCAAGGAGUACCUGCCCAAGAACGCCUUCGACUACUACGCGUCGGGCGCGGACGACAUGGUGACGCUGCAGGAGAACCGCGAGGCCUUCAAGCGGCUGGUGCUGCACCCGCGCGUGCUGCGCGACGUGUCCAACAUGGACACGAGCACGACGCUGCUGGGGCAUCGUGUGAGUUCCCCCGUGUGCGUGGCGCCCUCGGCCAUGCACCGCAUGGCGCACCCGGACGGGGAGAUCGCCAGCAGUUCGGCCACCGCCAAGGCAGACGCGUGCUACAUCCUCAGCACCAUCUCCACCACGAGCCUCGAGGACGUGGCCGUCGCUAACAGCCAGGCCAACCCCAACGCGCUGCGCUGGUACCAGCUCUACGUCUUCAAGGACCGCGAGAUCACGCGCGGCCUCGUCAAGCGCGCCGAGAAGGCCGGCUACAAGGCCAUCGUGCUGACCGUGGACACGCCCAUGCUGGGCCACCGCGAGCCGGACGUGCGCAACCGCUUCAGCCUGCCCAGCCACCUCACCAUGGCCAACUUUGCCGCGGUGGGCGGCGAGCACGAGCACGGCGUGAACAGCCUCAAGGACUCGGGCCUGGCCCACUACGUGAGCGAACUCUUCGACCUGACGCUCAACUGGAACGACGUCAAGUGGCUCAAGAGCAUCACCAAGCUGCCCGUGGUCGUCAAGGGCGUGCUCAGCCCCGAGGACGCCAAGAUCGCCGUUGAUAUGGGCUGCGAGGGCAUCCUCGUGUCCAACCACGGCGCACGCCAGCUCGACGGCGUGGCCGCGACCAUCGACGCGCUGCCCGCGAUCGUCCAGGCUGUGGACGGCCGCGCGGAGGUCUACCUGGACGGCGGCGUGCGUCGCGGCACGGACGUGUUCAAGGCCCUGGCGCUUGGAGCUCGCGCCGUGUUCCUCGGCCGCCCCGUUCUGUUCGGCCUGGCCCACAGUGGCGAGGCCGGGGUGUCCAACGUCCUCCGCAUCCUGAACGACGAGUUGAGGCACGCCAUGCUCUUCUCCGGUACCGCUAAGCUGGCCGACAUUGGCCCUGCGUACGUGCGUCGCGGUGUGCCCCCGCUUCCAUCGUCGCUGUAA